AAAUAGAGCUCAUUACCUGAAGAUGCAAUGAUGGCCAUUUCAGAGUAUAUAACAGAAGGUCAAUGAAAUUGUUCCUUGUGAAAGGAAAAUGGAGAAUGGAACAUACUUUUACUUCAUAUUGUUUGAAAAUCUUGGGAGCAUAAAAUAUGCUUUUUUCACUUUGGGGUUUAUUUUUUACUGUGCUGUCAUAUACUUUAAUGUCAUUAUUAUUCUUGUAAUAUUUCUGGAAAAGACAUUGCACCAGCCCAUGUACAUUCUGAUUUCAUGCUUGUCCAUCAACUCUGUAUAUGGUACAGCUGGCUUUUUCCCAAGGUUACUGACAGACCUGCUCUAUGAUACACAUAGAAUCUCCUAUGAAGCAUGUCUCAUACAGAGUUUUGUCAUUUACUCAUAUGCAGCUUUUGAGCUUACAAUAUUAAUGCUAAUGGCAUUUGAUAGGUUUGUUGCAAUCAGCAAACCUUUGCAUUACAACAACAUAAUUACCACACGGUUACUAACUUUUUUAAUAGUUAUAGCAUGGCUUUAUCCAAUCACUUUUGUUGGUAUUAGUGGUCUUUUGACUGCCAGGCUGACAAUCUGUGGUAACAAAUUGUUAAGGGUGUACUGCCACAACUAUGAAAUUGUCAAACUCUCAUGUGUAAACAAUACUGUUAAUAACAUUUAUGGCCUGACUGUAACGAUCACAAUCAUUUGUAUCCCUUUGAGUUUUAUAAUAUAUACCUAUGUCAGAAUUAUUAUAAUUUGUCAAAGAAGCACACGAGAGUUCAGGAACAAAGCAUAUCAAACUUGUAUUCCACACAUAGUGAUCCUUUUAAAUUUCUCAGUUGCUCUUUUUUGUGAGCUCACUUUGAGUCGAUUUGUGAAUGGGGAACUUCCUAUAGCACUGAAUGUUGUCAUUUCACUUGCAUUCAUCAUUGUACCACCCAUUGUAAACCCUAUUGUUUAUGGUCUAAACUUUCCUGAUAUCCGCAAAAAAAUUAGACAUCUUGUAAAAGCCUCCAAAUAACCUGCUUUGUUUCUGUUGUAAUAGUGUUACACAGAAAACCAAGUUUGAAUAAAUGUAAAGAUAUUUGUUCAAUCACCUUCACUCACCUUUUAGUUUUUAAAGGAAUAUGCACUAAAUGUGAUAGUUUUCACCUCUCUGAAUUAUAUACCGGUUUUCUUUAAAUGAUCUCCUCAGUAAAUUUUUUUUUUUUUUUUUUUUUUUGUGAAAAAUUGUAUAAGGGUUUUGGAAACACAAUCACAGAUUAACUUUCUUAAUUGAAAGAAUGAAGGGGCCAUCCAUAUUUUAUCAGCUCAGAUUAAUAACUAUAGAAUACAAGCUUCAAUGAAAUCUUUUAAAAUGAUAUUAGUGUCAGUAAUUCUUUACAAUUGUGUUAUCUAUUUAAAAAUAAAAAUAAAAUAAAAUAAACUGUCUAUUUUUUAACUGGUGUGUGUGUGCGCGUGUGUGUGUGUGUGUGUGUGUGUGUGUGUGUGUGUAUCUUAUAUAUCUUGUAACACAUUAUUUGAAAAUUGUUUUUUAUUGUCAUGUUAUUAUGCACUAUUAUUUUAAAAAAUAUUUAUCUCGAAUUAAAGCAUAUUAGAUAUUUCAUUAAAAUGCUUAUUUCCCGGUUUAGAAAGGUGCAAAUUUUAACAAUCUGUGUUACACAUUGACAGCAAAUUAAAACCUAUAUUUCAUGAGACAUUGAAUAUAGGCAAGCUGUGUUUCCAAUAUGCAUUGUGUAUAAUGUUUGAGCUUUAGGUUUGCCUGUUUUUCUUCUCUUCAUUUGUUUUUGGUUUUACACAAUAAAGACCAUCAAUAAU